AUGCAAUUGAAAAACGCACUAUUAAUCUUACUAGUCUUUGUACUUCUUAUCUGCUCCAACCCCUCUUCUUAAGUUUAAGCCAAAUCACUAAAAGUAUAAGGACAAUCAACUUCUAGUUGUGGCUAGCCUAAAGCUAGCUGCAGCAAGUCUAAUCCAUGCUGCCCUGGCUCAGCUUGCGUAGUAAAAAAAUGUGUUCUUGUCUGA